AUGGCGGUCACUACUGCCUUCGGAAGGCAACAAGUGGUGCCGAAACCCAGGAAUCGUCUCCUAGAUUCGGGUGAACGGCGGCCGGAGCGGCAGGACCAGCCUGGCGGGGAGGACGAUCCCGAACCAACAAGGGAGAUGGAAGCCCUUGUGAAGGUUGUAUCGGAAUUACAUAAGCAAUGGGGUGGGUUAGCCGAGGAAGCCAGGGGCGCUGCUGGGAAACCAGGGUCUGAGAAAGUCUGGGUGAGACCACCGCCAUAUGCGCCCCAAGAUGGCACUGAACGAGAAGGCGAAGGGCGGGGCGAAGAUGCCUCUGGCAGGAACAGGGAGGAAGUGUUAGAUCUAACUAACGCACGCAAAUGGGAGGGGGAGGAGAAUGAGAAAGAGAAAAGUUUUGGGGGCGACCGGGAGGGAGGUAGAAGCACGAGCGAGGGGCAGAGAGCCAAUCAGAACAUCCAUCUGAAAAAAGGCCUUUGUAGGGCAAGCACCUCGCCGAGCAGAAGGUGGGGCGAGCCAAGAGGGAGGGAACGGCCCACCCGCAAGGGCAGUGGGCAGGCCUGGAACUUGACAAAAAGGUACUGGAACCCGGAAGUAACUAGUCAGUUGAGUUCCGGCUCCAGAUCAGAUACUGAUCCAAAUUCGGAGAAGGAGGAGGAAAUGGGGACAGACAGAGUCAAAAGCAAAAAUAUCCCCAUCCGAAAUAAAGCGGAACCAUGACGGGGAGAAACUCCUCUCACGGAUUGGAGGAAAAUUAAGAUUGUGUGCACUGACUGGGCCCCAUCGGCCACGCUAGUGUUCCUGGUCCGGGUGACGGACGGGGGACAGAGGCUCCA